UUGUAAUAAAACUAUUUAAUUUAAAUGUUAUUGUAUUUAUGUACAACAGUUUUCUUGGCUUUAAUAAUUUAAUAUAAAAAUAAAAGAUAGAAAACGAUUUCGUGGUUGAUCUGCGGCGGAAUAGCGGAAAUAAAAAAUAAAAACGUCACAACAAACUGAUAUGGCACCGGCUUUUCUACAUUUCAAUUUUAUUAAAAUUAAAUAUGUUUCUCUACUGCAAUAGCAAUGGUACUGUAAUUACAGCAGUGAUUUGAAGUGUACAAAUUCCCUGCAUAUAGUAACUGGGAAAUAAGGAGGAAUAUGCUUUGGUCUCUUUCAAAAUGGAAGCAACAGUUGGCGAAAGGGAUUUUAAUCCGAUUCAUUUUAGGGCUUCUAUUUAUUUACAUCUACUGUGAAUAUCUUAUAUACUAUGUUACACAAAUACAGUGUGACUGGCCACAGCUCAAUAACGAGCCCAGUAACGUAGAGCCAGUGAGAGCCAUGGUGUUGGCAGACACGCACUUGCUAGGUUCCCGCAAUGGCCAGUGGCUGGACAAGUGGCGGCGGGAGUGGCAAAUGCACAGAGCAUUCCAGACUGCCAUGACGCUGCAGAGACCAGAAGUGGUUUUUGUUUUAGGUGAUCUUUUUGAUGAAGGAAAAUGGUGCCCUGAAAAAGAAUUUGAAGAUUAUGUAGAAAGGUUUCACAAACUGUUUCAGGUGCCUCCAGAAACUAAGAUGUUUGUAGUAGUGGGCAACCAUGACAUUGGAUUUCAUUACAGUGACAUGCUUGAAUAUGUUCUCAUGGAAACUAGAGAACUAGACAAUUUCCCUCGAAUAACACCACAUCUUGCAAGCCGCUUUGAGAAGAAACUGUCUGCACCACCAGUACAGCUCAUCUCAAUCAGAGGGAAUCACUUUGUCCUUAUCAACUCUAUGGCAAUGGAAGGAGAUGGGUGCUCUCUCUGCUCCCGCGCAGUAGCAGAGAUUGAUAAAAUAGCCAAUAUUUUGAAGUGCAGCAGAGGUUCAUCUUUAUGUAAAGGUGCUGAUAAAGUUGAACAUUACAGUCGGCCAAUAAUUAUGCAGCACUACCCGCUGUACCGCCACUCGGACUCCGAAUGCACGGAGCCCGACGCGGCCCCUCUCCCCGACCGACACCUUCGCUUCGAGGAGCGCUGGGACUGCCUGUCCAAAGAGUCCACAGAGUACCUCGUAGAGAAACUGUUGCCUAGAGCUGCACUGGGAGGCCAUACACACCACAGUUGUCUACUGAGACAUAGCUUCGUGCCGACUAAUGAACAUAAGAUUGAGUUUGUCGAGUACACUGUGCCGUCGUUCUCGUGGCGGAAUAGACUGGAUCCGAAGUAUUAUUUGUUCACAAUAUCUCCCGACGAGAUCAAGAUGUUCAAGUGCGCACUGCCUCGCGAGGCGACUCUACAAGUCACCGCAAUCCUGCUCUGCAUCGCCCUGCUGCUCUACCUCAAGUAUUACUACCACUGCGGCAAGACUUACUACACACAGAGACUGUGGUCUGACAAGAAAGUCUGAUGGUUCGCUGGCUCUAGUGAUAUUUUUUUUCUAUGUAAGUGAUUUUAUACUUAAUUUAUUUUAUAUCUACCUACCUAUGUGUUCUUACAGGUUAUAAAUAAAAGAGAGAAAGAAAUAUUUUAAACGCUAUGUUUAUUGAAAUUACAUACAAAAUAACAAAAAUAGGAACUUUAAAAAAACCAAAAUGCAGAAGCUCUGCUUGAAACUUGUUCUUAAUAUUAAUUAGGUUUAAUACUGAACUAACUUAACUACCUCUCCUUACACUGCCUCUAAAACUAAAUAAAUGCAAAGA